CCCGCGUGGGAGGAGAUCCCGCGUGGGGAGCGGGCGGCCGCGGGGGAGGCUCCGCGCCGAGGGGGGCGCUGGGCCGCCAUGGCCGAGCUGGGGCGCAAGCGGGGCGAGCGGCGGGACGGCAGCGGGCUGGGCAGCGCCGUGGACUUUCUGCUGGCCAACGCCAGGCUGGUGCUGGGCGUGGGCGGCGCGGCCGCGCUCGCCAUCGCCACGCUGGCCGUCAAGCGGCUGAUAGACCGAGCCACCAGCCCUCGCGACGAAGGCGAUCCUAAAGCAGAACAGAAGACCCUGGAGGAGAGUUGGCAGGACUUGGCCUUGAUCAAGGCAACGCAGAACGCCCCGAAGAGGCAGAGGAGGGAGGACCUCAGCGAGCCUCUGCUCUUGCCUGCUCGGCUGCCGGUGCCAGAGCCCACGGAAUGUUCUGCCCCUCCGGAGACUUUUCAGGUUGAAUUUGGCCCUCAGCACUGCCUCACACUGCAGGAGAAACUCCUCUUGCACUACAGCAGCCAUCUCGCCAUCCCUGAGGAGCAAGUGGCCCUCGUGCAGCAGCUGGCCAGGAGCAUCUGCACAGAACUGCAGAACUUCCUGCAGACCAAGUGCCCAGAGUUGCCCUUCGGCAGCCUCUUCCUCAGCGGUCCCCUGCUUGAUGGCCUCGGGGCUCUCGCUGCUGACCAUGUUGACUUCAUGCUGCCGGUGGUUCUUGACCCUGGGCUCUGGAGCCUCAUCCCAGGAGAGGAGACUGUUGUGAGAAACCCGCAGUACUGGAUGAUCAAGAGGACUGAUCUGGAGUACUUUCCUCGUGGGCGCAGCCCUUGGGACAGGUUCAUUGUGGGCAGAUACCUCUCCUCCAACGUGCUCAACGAGACUCUCCACAAAAUGCUGGUGGCCUCCAUCAACUGGCCUGCCAUAGGCAGCUUGCUGGGGAGUGUCAUCCGACCAGUUGUAGCCUCCGAGGAGCUGAAGCUGGAAGUUAAACAUGACCAGGUUGAGCUGAGUGUGACCCUCUUCCCAGUGGUGGAAAUGGAGGACAAGAUUCUUCUGGCUGCUCCUCCUGAAGGACUGGUGGAAAACCUCUGGCUUGAGAGCUUUUACAAGGCAGAGAUUUCAAAGGUGAAAGAGCUGGAUGCUGGUGACUGUGGGGCGAGGCAGUACUGCAUCCGCAUCCUGAAUGGUGUCUGCAAAAGCCAUCCCUCACUGCGCAAACUGAGUGGCAGCUCCUUGACGCACAUUGUCCUCCACCUCAGUGCUACCGUUUCGGACUGGGCAGAGGGAAGCCUUGCUGCCAGGUUCCAGCAGGUACUUGAAGAGCUGGUAGGCUAUCUGGAGAAAGGGGCCCUCCCUUCCUAUUUCAACCACAAAAUCAACCUUUUCUGUGAGCUGUCGGAAGAGGAAAUCGAUGAGAUGGGCUUCAUGCUCUACAGGGCCGCAUCUGAGCCAGAACUCCUGCUGAAGGAGAAAUGACUGGUAUGUUGGGAGUUCUUGAACAUAGACUGCCACUCAUCUGUCUACUGCUCCCUGCUGUGAGGAUUGCGAUGUUUCUAGUUGACUAGUCAGUAAGAGGCAAAGUCCUUGCACUUUAUGAGCAAAAGUAUUCUGUCUCAAUAAAACGUGCCUGAAAAGAGAUGGGUAGUGGCAUAAGGAGACUUUCACUGUGAGGUUCUGCCUUACUUGGGUCAAAUACAGCCCAUGCCUCUAGUACCUAAAGGUGAGUCCCAUCUGUUGGGUGUUGGGAGCUGAUAUGAAGCAAGUUUGGUCUCUGUCCAGUUCCUAGUGAACUACUGUCCACACCAGACAGCAGUUGUGGCUGCAAGGCUUCCCUAGCGUGCUGAAACUGAGGCCCAAGUGGAAGCUGGGGCUGAAAUUCUCCUGGUUCCUGUGGCAGGCAGUCCAGACCCAGGUGCCUGAUGGCAAGCUGGAGGGGAGCAAUCCCUUGCUGCUACUGUGUCUUGCAGACCUCUUGCCUUGCUGGACUUGAGUGUCCUGGGUACUGAGCAAGUCCUUUCACCAGCACUGAGUUUAGUUGUACUGUGCCAUGUCCUCCGCUUGCCUUUGGGGGAAGGGUGGGAGCCCUAGCUCCAGAUCUGCAGGCCAGGAUGCUCCUAAUUCAAAGGUAUAGCAAAUUGGAUUGUGGUUUUUAUUCUUUGGAAACCCCUCGAGCUGCCAAAAGGGGUGAGCUCACCCCUAGCUGUUUGUUCUUGCCAGUAUCAGCUGUCCAAAAGAAGAGGCUUUCUUUGACUGUAGUGCCAUGGCUUCAAGUCCCCUUUCCCAAAAUACUGUUUUGCUGCAGGCACCACAACAUGGGCUUACAGGAGGGUGGCAGGAGUAUGAGUGCUGACUGCGAGGAGACUCCAUCAGUCCCUUGACGGAGGCUGCAGCAUGGCUCUGUGCCACCUCCUGGGCAGAUGGGUCUGUGCUGUCAUUCCCAAGGUCUUUGUGCAGAUCCUCACUGCUCUAUAACAACCACCCCUUCCAGUUUGUCAGGUGACCUUUCUUAUGCAUGUAUUGCUGCUGACUAGGGAUCCUGUUCCCCUGAAACCUCAUACUGUGGGGCAGGACGGUAGGAUACAAGUGAUCCUCUUAGCAGAAGGCUCGUGAGAACCGAUUCGUGCUUCUUUUUUAUUAAGAAGGUAUGUUUUGUUUGGGUUGGUCUUAUUUUGGAGUGGCUGCUAAUGGACUUUGGUUCUGUCUCUAAUCUGAGUGCUAAGGAGUAUUUUCUUAUGUUUAAUGGAAGAGCUAUGCUGGUUUUGCACUCUGAUAGAGAUGGAGAAAUCCUAUGGACUUCAAUGUGAGGACCUACUGUGGUUUAGUUUUCUUUGCAGCUAUCUUGUUUGUAGGAGGAAAAACAUGUGCUUUUCCUCUAGUCUAAAGAAUUAGUUUUGUUCCUCCAAAUCAGUCCCCAAGGGUUAGUGAUGAGAAUAAAACUUCACUGUGUAUAAUGGUU